AUGGCCACAGCCAGUGGACCGGGUGCCUCGAGCACAGACCACUACUACAUGGAGCUGCUGAAAAGUGGAUGGGGAGCUGCUGUCAAAAGACAUAUAACCUGAUCCAAAGAAUGGCUUAUAAAAAUCACUGACGAAGAGGAAAAAAAAUGGGAUGACAAAGCAUAUCAUGAUACGCAGGAACUGGAAAAGUAAGCCCAGAACACACAGAACUCUCUUCUUCAUUCAACACUAGAAAUACUGGAAAAGGAUCUUGGUGCGUUUCAUGCCACAAGUCACACUGGAAAAGCACAAGGCACUGUCAUAAACUUAAGAGCAAUGCCCCACCAUGGCAGCUGGAAAAGGGUGUCCUUUCCCUUGGAUAUUUGUAUGUUUACAAAUACAACACAUGAUGUUUCACAAGAGGAUUUCCUGCAGGAGAAUCAAGAUGAAAAUGUGAGAGACGUAAUCUAUGUAAUCUAUGUCACUACAAGCCAGGCGCGUUUGCACUUAAAGAAUGCUAGGCCCUUUGCAACAGUGAGAGUGGAAGCGUUUUCUAGCUCUCUUCAGGUGGCUCUGGGGGGCUAUUUAAAGAAAAUUCAACAGGUGGAUUUGGAUAUAUUCUACCCAUCUUGAGCGCAGAAAGAUACAUUGCUUCUAUCAUCUUUGCAUAUUCAGUCAUAAAGAAAACUAUAUGACAAUAAUUUUAUGGUCCCUGUGUCGCUCGCCCCCGCGGGGCGCCUCGGGGCCCCACUCUCCCGCACUCGGGGCGUCUACCCUCUGGCGCGCGCGGGGUUCUGUGACCGCGGGCCCGGCAUCCGUGGGGGGGGCGUCAGCCACCGCCCCGGGGGGCCGCCCGCCCCGCGCCACCGCCGCGCCCCGCGGGAGCUCGGGGGCUCGCCUGACCCGGGGGGGCGGGGAGGCGGAGAGUCGCCCUCGCGGCGCCGCUUCCGGCCACGUGACCCGCCAAUCGUCACGCGGGCGCCGCUCACCUGA